UAUAAAAGCGCCAUUUUAUAAUUUUGAAUUUAUUUUACCAUAUGGGUCUUCUUCAUCCCAAUCCAACGCUUCUCCCUCUCCCCCUUCGAUCCCGAACCUAAACCGAAACCCAAACCAAAACCCUAACCAGUCGUAACAAACCUCACUACAAAUACAAACCUCAACCAUUCUUCCCAAACCCUCUUGAAAUUCCCAAUCCCGAGUCCAUUCCUCCACCCUCCUCUCUCUCGCCGCAAACAACCAUGCCCGAAGCACGUGACCGCCGCGUCACACCGCUCGAAGUGGCCGACAUUUUCACUCCCCUUGGAUCCUCCAUCUUUCAAGACUCCAACCCGCUCACUCUCCCAGCUGCCCCAUCAUUCACCGGCGGACCAGAUCUGUUCGUUGCUCAACGAACUCCCAUCGGCCGUGGAGUUUCACGUGCGCGUCCUCACCACGCUCCGGGCAUCCAAAACACUCCACCAGUCACCAAUCACCGUGGUAGAACUCGUGGUAGUUCAUCGCGUAGUGUUCUUCCUUCUUGGUAUCCGAGAACUCCGCUUCGCGAUAUCACUGCCGUUGUUCGAGCGAUUGAGAGAAGGAGGGGUAGAAUCGGAAAUGAGGAAUUUCAGCAAACUGGAACGACACCGUUUUCUGCGACUCCGUUGAUGGUUUUCUCCGAUCCUUCUUCGUUUUCUGCUUCUGGUUCACGUGCCUCCAAGAAUUCUCCAAACUCAUGCGCGAAAUUGAGAACACCUCAUGGUAGCAAAGUUUCGAAGAUUCUAAUCGACGUUAUGAAACUUCCUCAAGGAGACGGAGAAUCAGAGUUUCUUACUCCUGAGAAGAAGCUUCUGAAAUCUAUCGAUAAAGUUGAGAUGGAAGUGAAACAAGAAUUGAUGAAACUGAAACGAACACCCAGUGCAAAGAAAGCCGAAAGAGAGAAACGAGUUCGCACAUUGAUGUCCAUGAGGUGAAUUGAAUUAAAUUGCGGAAAAUAGUUUUGAUUUGAUAUUAGAGGCAGUGUUCCAAGAGGAAAUUUUAUGCGACAUCAUCUUCUGAUGAUAUAUUUGAUCAAUUGUUUCUGCAGAGGAUUUGGUAGAAUUUCCAAUUUGCGUCAUUUUGAUAUCUUCUGCUUGAAGAUUAUAGGUAGAUACAUUUUAGUUUUCUCUUUACAUCAUUCUUUGAUGGUUUUCCUGCAUUGUAGGCUCUAUUUCAAUACUUUGUACAUAUUUCAAUUCUUCUUACAAUUUGAACAAUGUAUAAGAAGAAUCUUUAUCGAAUUUGUACACUGUUUGUUAGUUCAAUGGAAUUUACUCGUUUGGGAAAUA